AUGUAUAUGUGGAAGACAGNGACACCAAAGGGGACUCCUUUGAGGGAUGAACUACGUAUUAAUGAGGACAUGAAUAUGCAUGAAAGCACUAAACGUGAGCUGCAGAGACAGGCUGAUAUGAGAAGAAGUCUGCGUUCUGGUUUAGGAAGCCUUCCUCAGCCCAAGAAUGAGUACCAAAUAGUGAUGGAACCAGUCACAGAAGAUGCCGAAGAGCCUGAGGAGAAGAUUGAAGAGGAUAUGUCUGACAGGAUAGCUAGAGAAAAAGCAGAAGAAGAGGCAAGACAGGAGGCAUUACUUAGAAAACGAUCAAAGGUCCUUCAACGGGAACUUCCUAGGCCCCCUGCUGCUUCAUUGGAGCUUAUAAGAAAUUCCUUAAUUAGAUCUGAUGGGGACAAGAGUUCCUUUGUUCCACCAACCUCUAUUGAGCAGGCUGAUGAGAUGAUUAGAAAGGAGCUUCUAACUUUACUGGAGCAUGACAAUGCUAAGUAUCCGCUUGAUGAUAAAGUGAAUAAGGAGAAAAAGAAAGGAGUCAAGCGAUCUGCAGAUUUGUCUGCGGUCCCUGUGAUAGAAGAUUUUGAGGAAGAUGAAAUGAAAGAUGCUGAUAAGUUGAUAAAGGAAGAAGUCCAAUAUCUUUGUGCCGCAAUGGGACAUGAAAAUGAGCCCCUUGAAGAAUUUAUUGAAGCACAUCGAACCUGCCUCAAUGAUCUUAUGUACUUUCCUACCCGUAAUGCAUAUGGUCUCUCCAGUGUUGCUGGGAACAUGGAAAAACUAGCUGCUUUGCAAAAUGAAUUUGAGAAUGUGAGAAAGAAAUUGGAUGAUGAUAAGGAGAAGAUGGUACGGCUUGAGAAGAAGGUGACUGUUAUCACACAAGGCUACGAGAUGAGAGCAAAGAAAAGUAUCUGGCAGCAAAUUGAGGCCACUUUCAAGCAGAUGGAUAUAGCUGCAACCGAGUUAGAAUGCUUUAAAGCUUUGCAAAAUCAGGAGCAGUUAGCAGCAUCCCACAGGAUAAACAAUUUGUGGAGUGAAGUACAGAAGCAAAAGGAACUUGAAAAAACUUUGCAAAACAGGUACGGGAGUCUAAUUGAAGAGCUGGAGAAGAUGCAAAAUAUCAUGAACCAAUCCAGAUUAAAGGCAGAGCAGCAAAAAGAAAUUGAAGCAAACAAUGCUCAUGCUGAGACCAAAGUCAAUGAAACUGAUGUGCAGGAUACCGGGAGUAUUGUACCUCACUCAGCAGAGGAUGGAAAUGCUCAAGCAAUAACAGUCGAGUCAUCACAUGAUGGAACUUCUGACCAGCAAGUUGAGAUUAUGCAAGACAAGUCGACUUCUAGCCCCAGCCAUGACAUGAAUGUGGAUUCUGAUAACAUGCAUACAAUACAUGACAGUGAUGGUAAAUUAGCAAAUGCUUCACCAGCUGAUGAGAAUGUUGUUGAAGAAGUGGAAGGUAGUAGCCCUACUGGUGGUUAUACUGACAAUGGGGAGAACGUGUCAGAAAUGGGUGCUUCAAUGGAAAUAAAUAGCCCCAAUCAAGAUGUAGUUGCGAAUGCUGUAACCACAGGUGAGAGCAGCAUGGAAGAAACCAAUGCUGUUACGGAGGAGACAAAAUAGGCUGGACACUUUGUAGCUGUUCUGAAAGUUUAAAGGGAGAGAUAUUAGGAUGGGUAGUUUCUCAGUUCAGAUUUCAGUGGAUGUUUAACUGAAUAGAUUGCAUGGAGAGUGAGUCUUGCUGCUUUUUUUUGAAGGCAUAUGAAGAUAUCCAUUCCUAGUUGAAGUUUGGAACAUGUUAUGAUUCUGACAUUAAGCUAUGAGCAUUGAGAUAUUUGCUCUCCCUUUUUUUUUGUUCUUUCAAUAGUCGUCCCCUUUUUAGUGGAUGUCGGCACUUUUAUAAGAAUGUUAAAGGAUUUUAUUUCAAUGAAUUAGACCUUAGAGCUAGUUACUAUU